GAUUCGAUCCAUUCCCUUUGUGUCUUAUCUCCGGCGCAGAGAAGCCUCCAGCUCCGGCCGCUGAGCCAACCAAAACGGAAGCCAUGGCGACCACGUCGACCACCCCGUUCCACCGUCUCCUCGCCCCGGCCCGGUCGAACCCCGCUGCGCGCCUCUCCCUCUACACCCGCGGCCCUCCCACGCUCUCCUUCUCCCGCUUCAUCUCCGUCCGCCGACGUCUCGCUGCCGCAUCCAAGGACACCGCCAGCGACAAGGGGCAAGAACAAGAAUCGUCCACGGUAGCGGGCGGAGCCGCGGAGCCCGCAGAGGAGGAAACACCUCCGGGUGAAAAGACCUCAGAUGAAGUGGCGACGGAGCUUAAGGAGGUGAUGCGUGCGCGUAAGGAGGCGGAGGUCGCCGCAGGCGGCGGUGGGUGGUGGGCCGGGGUGGCGCAGGAGAUGACGGAGAUCGAGUGGCCGGCGCCGGGGAAGGUUCUGGGCACCACGGGGGUCGUCCUCGGGAUCAUCGCGGGAUCCACGGUCGCCCUGCUCUCCGUGAACGCGAUCCUCGCCGAGCUCUCCGACCGUGUCUUCGUUGGCCGGGGCCUUCAGGAUUUCUUCUAAGGGUGAAGUGGCAUCAAUUUGUCUCCGUUUAUAUUUCGAGAAUUCAGAUAGGCGUAUUGCAAGGUUCAUAGAUUGAAAAUGGCUGUGUUGCUGCAAGAGAAAUAUGAUAUGCUGUUCCGCAGACAAUUGCAUUGUGCUAACCUGUGCGUGCGAUUCAGUCUUCGGGAAAGAGUUUUGGCUGGCAUUUCUGUGCUAACUACUCUUACUCCGAGAAGAGAAACCUAGCUGAGUUUCUACUUAUGUCAGUAGCACAAAGUAAAGCUGGUUAAUUUAUACUUGAUAAAACUGAUAAACUUACUUGCACUUGGCAAUAUUUUCUAUUUA